GCGGCUAAGAUAGCCAUUACACCAGAUAAUCAGUUCCUCAUUGUUUCCAACCAAAACAACAGCCUUUUUAAAUCACCUCCGUCUAACUCCUUAGCAACAUUUGAGCCGUCUACCUAUGAUGGAGCAUUAACGCUACAGCAACUAGCUCCCGCUAGUGGCAAUUUCCCGCGCCAUUUUGCGCUGAGCUCCACCGGUCAUCAGAUCCUGAUUAGCUUGUAG